UAUUAACCCCGUUUCGCCCGCUACCUAAGUCCUCAUCAGCAAACACAAGCACAUAACUAGAUAAACUCUUCUUCUCUCAUCACAUUUUUCGCUAAAUCCUCUCAGCAAAUCACGUGCUAAUCACAUGGCUCCGGGGCUUACUCCAACCGCCGAUGCCGAAUCCACCGUGAUGAUAACAAAACCGUUACUACCAUCAGUCCAAGACAGCGAUCGAGCUUACGUGACGUUUCUUGCCGGAAACGGUGAUUACGUGAAAGGAGUUGUUGGUUUAGCCAAAGGUUUAAGGAAAGUCAAAUCGGCUUAUCCACUCGUUGUGGCGAUAUUACCGGACGUGCCGGAGGAGCACCGUCGUAUACUUAUGGAACAAGGAUGCAUUGUUCGUGAAAUUGAACCCGUUUACCCACCCGAGAACCAAACUCAGUUCGCCAUGGCUUAUUACGUCAUCAACUACUCUAAACUCCGUAUCUGGAAGUUUGUGGAGUAUAGUAAAAUGAUAUAUUUAGAUGGAGACAUUCAAGUUUACGAAAACAUCGAUCACUUGUUUGAUCUACCAGAUGGCUAUUUCUACGCGGUGAUGGAUUGUUUCUGCGAGAAAACAUGGAGCCACACGCCGCAAUACAAGAUUGGAUAUUGCCAACAAUGCCGCGAUAAAGUCCAGUGGCCAAAGGCGGAGCUUGGAGAGCCUCCGGCUCUUUACUUCAACGCCGGAAUGUUCUUGUUCGAGCCUAACCUUGAGACUUACGAGGACCUACUAAGAACCCUUAAAAUCACUCCUCCGACUCCUUUUGCUGAACAGGAUUUUCUAAACAUGUACUUCAAGAAAAUCUACAAGCCGAUUCCUUUAGUGUACAACCUCGUCCUUGCGAUGUUAUGGCGUCAUCCAGAAAAUGUAGAGCUUGGGAAAGUCAAGGUGGUUCACUACUGUGCAGCGGGUUCGAAGCCGUGGAGAUACACAGGGAAAGAAGCGAACAUGGACAGGGAAGACAUAAAAAUGUUAGUGAAGAAAUGGUGGGACAUUUACAACGAUGAAUCCUUGGAUUACAAGAAACCUGUAGCCGUUGUGGGCACAGAGGCCGAUCCCGUGAAUCUGAAGCCGUUUAUCACCGCUCUUACUGAAGCUGGCCGGGUCAACUACGUGACUGCACCGUCCGCUGCUUGAAUGGGAGUUAUAAAUGUCGGUGAAUUAGGUAGUUUUUUUUUCUCUGGGCAGUAAAUCGUUUCGGGGGUUGUGUCCGGUCGACAACCACUCAUACUGUCUCUGGUUUCAAAUGCUUUGGACGUUGACAUGUGAUUUGUCUUACCUUUUUAUAAAAUUUGUCUAUAAUGUGUGCUUUCCUGAAUUUUUGAGUGUA